CAUGAAUGCCGCCUCUUAUUGGAGUCCGAGCGCCGAUCGGCAAUAGUCUCUGACACGAAAGAACGAGUUCCAGCAUCAGCUACGAUGCCGCCUAGAUUCACCGGCCAACAGCUGGCCUUUGACGCCGGGCCCGUGCCUUCUUUUCUUCAGAAGCUGCAUGCAGACGUCAACUCUGGCCGCGCCAAGCUGGAAGACAAGCGGGGCAGUGGACGAAGAGGUGGAGAAGCAUCGGAGUUCGACGAUCUCCUUAGUGUCGGUGGGAGUGGAAGUGGGAGUGGGCGAGGCCACGGUGGCGCAGACGAGGUGGGAGCAGAUGAGGAGGAUGAAGAAGAGGACUGGGCGGGCGCACAGGUCGUCGUGCUCAAGGAUGGCAAGCACCUCUCAGCAGAAGAGGUGCAGGCCGCCAAAGACAAUGCUCGAGAGGGUCAGAGGGCCUCCGAGGCCGAAAAGCAGCAAGAUACAAGACCAGAGGCGGCUAUUGCAGAUGCGGGCAUUGCGACAGCCUCGCGCAAGAGGAGAGCGGUGGCCUCAUCGGCAUCUCCGUCUCCACCACCGGCACCGGCAAAGGCGCGAUUGAACAAGGCAGACGACUUGGGCUCUGCAAAGGAUGUCAUAGCAGCCGCGAGAGCAGGCCACAAGGGCAUGGCGCAGAAGGCUGAGGCAGACGCAGCAGAGACGGCCGAGGACAAGCAGAGGAAGAAGGAAGAGAAAAGGAAACAGGAGCGAGAUCAGAAGAACAAGCGAGCAAGGGCCGAGAAGAAGAAAAUGGGAAAAGGCCUCAGCUUCGAUUUGGAGGACUGACGGUCGCUGCAGCGCCUUGUCAAGUGUAUUGUAGUAUGAUAAUGACAAGCAAGCAUGUACUUUUACAGAGUAAGGAGAG